AUGUAUAAAGGAAAUUUUUCAUACAAGAAUGAUAACAUAAGUGUUAUUAUUCUUAAUAAUGACAUUAAAAAUGAAAAUUGCGAGGAUAUUUCAAGAAUUUAUUUUGUCAAUAGCCAAAAUAAAGUUAUUCAGAUUCCCAAUGCUGUAAGGUUGGAAAACCAAAAACAACAAGCACUUGGGGGAUCAAAUAGCUUUGAACAUGAGUCAAUUCAACCACAGUCAAUUUAG